GAGGAGCAUGGACAGCCGAUUUACUGUGUGAGCUUCAAUUUUUACAGGGAGGGUUGUCAGAAUGUGUUCGCAUCCUGUGGCAGCAAUGGGGCAACCAUUUACAGAUGCCUUGAAGGGGGUGCAGUAGAAAUCCUUCAAGCAUACAUCGACGAGGAUGUCCAGGAGGAAUUCUUUGCAUGCAAGUGGUCUGUCGAUCCAGACACUGGGGACCCGUUGCUGUUGAUAGCUGGCAAGAAAGGCUUGCUGAAGAUCCUCAACUGCGCCACGCAGAAGUUGGAAUGGGCGGCUGAAGGACACGGUGAUGCUAUCAAUGACAUCUCUAUUCACCCAAUGAGGCCCAGCCUGGUGCUUACAGCGAGCAGGGACUCAUCACUGCGGCUGUGGAAUACAAAAACGAAGGUCUGUGUGCUCAUCAUGAACGGCGAUGGGGGGCACCGCAAUGAGGUCCUCAGCAUUGACUUCAAUCCUGUGGAUGGCAAUCAGUUUGUGUCAUGCGGCAUGGACAACACUGUGAAGAUCUGGAACCUUGAAGGCAGGAGGAUGCUGAAGCACGUUGAAAAGUCCUUUGACUAUACCGGCGAGGAUGGGAUUGCUUUUGACACCAAGUUUCUGGCUUGCCCAAAAGCUCAUGUUGUGCAGGUGCACUACAAUUAUGUGGACUGUGUGCGAUUUAUUGGGGACCUGAUACUGUCCAAGAGUGUGGAUGAGCGCAUCUACUUGUGGCGCCCGGAUAUCAGCUUGGAUGAGCCCGUUGAUGUCAAGGGCCACAUCCACUACGAAUUGGAGCUAGAGGACUGCGCGCAUGUCUGGUUCGUGCGAUUUGCGCUGGACAGGCAAUGCAGGACGCUCGCAUGCGGCACAACCACCGGCAUGGUCCUGGUUUGGGACCCCCACACUCUGUCCCCCCGCCCCAAGGCCAGGCUCAAGCGCACCCCUGGCUCCAAGACUACGGUUCGGCAGACUGCAAUCUCUGCUGAUGGAGACAUAAUUGUCAGCUGCUGUGAUGAUGGCACCAUCUGGCGCUUUGACCUUGUUCCAAAGGAGAGCCUCAGCGCUGCAGCCAAAUCCAAGCAAGCCAAUGGUGUAUCAAAGAAGUGA